AUGGACCGACUAGCCGCAUCAUCGAAUUUCUAUGCUUCAAAGGAUCACGAGUACGACCAUCGCCAUCGCCCCGAAACAUCCAUGAUGCCCGAAUUGCCAUUUCCAACUUACGGCCCACUACCUAUUCCAUCUCGCCCCAAUAUGCAUACUGUGCCUCCUCCAUUACCUCCGCCUACACGCAUUCACGAUUUAGAGAACGGCUAUGAUGCUGGGUGGUUGCAUGCGAAUUCUGAUCGAUCUACAUCUGUUCUUCCCCCAAUCAACCCCUCUUCAAGCUUAUUUGGUGGUGGCCGCAGCCGUCCCGACUCUGCAGCUAAAAGCGAUCGAAUGGAUCUUGAUGAGCUUGAAGGGAGGCAAAGCGGUAUGCCACUCUCACGCAGCUCUGAGGCUCAAAUAAAGAUUGAACCGCCACCACCGACAGAUGAUGGAUUUCCCAAUUCCAUGUCUGUCAAUCCCAAUGGUCCGAUACUGAAAGGCGAGCGUGAUUUUUCUUUGCGAAGUGUCAAAGAUUCGUCAAAUGCCUACGAUCAGCAUCUGUUGUCAAAAAUCGGGAAGCCUAUUUCUCCCCGAGGAUCGAUCAGUUCGGACCACCGGAAUUCAAUCUCCGCGCUUACUGUUCCCUCUCUCCCAUCACGCCCAUCAAGCAAUUUGCCAUCACCGGGGCCAUCAGAAGGCCCAACACUUGACGUGAAAUGGUAUAGCAGCCCGCAGUCAGGAGGGGUUUCACCCCGAUCGAAACCGGAUUGGAGGGAGUAUGUCGAGGGCCGUAGCCCAAGUGUCGAAAGCAAUCUACCGUCGGUAGUGGAUUUUGAAUUCGGAAGACGUCGAUAUCGUGGAACGACCCCAUCGCGCGAGGACAGCAUCAGCUUACCCAGCCGAUCAAAUCGAGGCAGCUACGACCAAGGCGUAUUCUCUGAUAUUGAAGGUGAUUUCUCGACGGACGAGCCAGUUCCCCGACAAUUUAUUCUUCGUGAACCGACACCACCUUACCCUGAAGGUUCAAGACAGGGAAUGAAACGACGAGCAUCGUCUCCACCCCGGGAGCCGAUCAAUACCGACGAUCGCCACACUUUGCACACUGUCACGAGUAACGGGGAUUUAUCGCAGCGGAGGACCAGUGGUCACCCAUUCACGAACAAUUUGACGGUAAACAGCAGCUACGCUCCAAGCCAACGAACACUGUCAGCAGCUUCUUCGCUCAGUAUCCGAACCUCCGGCUCAUAUUCUUCUGCUCUUUCGAUUGGUGGCAGUAGUAUGACAAGCCUCUCGCCAUACGACCGCCCAUCCCCUGGGGGCCUUUCUCCUUGCUCUGAUCUCGACGCAUAUCACGAAAAGUCGAUUCUCAACGCAAGCUCCCCCCGGAGUACCACUUAUGUCUAUCCCGAGGCCCUUACCAGGAGCCAACACCCUCGAACCUCCCGCCACAGAUUCAACUGGAAAGAUGUCGAUGCCGAUGCCAAUGCCAAUUGCGCUGAGCGUCCCAAAACCCGCCUCCUCGAAGCUGGGCGGGCUUUCGAUAGCCCGGAUGAUCUACGCGCCCAUGAGAUGGAGAAACAAUAUUCGUGCCAGUACUGCAACAACCGCUUCAAGAACAAAAACGAGGCGGAAAGGCAUCAAAAUUCGCUCCAUCUGCGACGCCAUUCGUGGUCUUGCGCAUCGUUGGUCUCGUUCCAGUCUGCAUUCCAUGGCUCAGGAUCGCCAUCCUGCCAAACCAAUGCCGGUCCCUCGCAUGAUACAUGUGGAUAUUGCGGUGAGGAGUUCCCCAACUACCCUCGGCCAGACUGGGAUCGUCGGUUUGAACACUUGACGACAGUGCACAAGUUCGGCGAAUGCAAUAAUGCGAAGAAAUUCUUCCGUGCCGAUCACUUCCGUCAACACUUGAAACACAGCCAUGCAGGGACGGGUGGGAAGUGGACCAAUAUCCUCGAAAAUGCUUGCAUGAAGGAAGAGCAGCCACCGGAGCCACGAGAUAGAAGUGGUUCUGGGGCCAGUAAUGGCCCGCAAAUAAAUCCCGGAUCUUUGACAUCCAAUACAAUUGAUGAGGUUCUAGAAUGA